GCCCCCAGGUGGGGUGUGCAGAGAGCUGCAGCCCUGGGCUGCCUACAGCUAUCCUGUAGCACUCAUCCCUGCUUGGGGCAUUGGUUGCUGCUUUGCCAGGGUUUGCUGACUUGCAUAGGAUCCACAUAAAAGCUUGGCACCAUCUGAGAGCCACCAUGGGAUGGGGUGCCAGGGUAGGGCUUGGAACUUGGCCAUCAGCCCCAUCUCCUCUAAGCUCCCCUUACUAUCCAGGUGGCUGGAAACCGCCUUUCCCUGCAGUACAAGCCACCUAGGUUUCCAGAGUAGUCUAGGUCCUCUGGGGCUUCACACCUCCAGCAGGGGCACCUCUAGGUUUCAGACGGUAGGGGGUCCAGGAAGUGUAAUUGCAUGCCCCGCCCUGGGGCGUCCCAGGUGCACAUGUUGGAGGAAGUCCUGCAGCUAGAUACAAGAGGGGUCAGGGUUAGGAAAGGAACUGGUAAGUCCCUUGUCAGGGAUGGGAACCUCAAGGAGGCAGCCCCUCUUUUUUUAUCCCAUCUGCUGGGACAGGAGUGGAAUGGGGGUGUUGAGUCCUGGGCACCCAGGUCGCCAUCAGCAUCCUGGACAGAGCCCCAAGCCCUGCCUGUGGUUAGAGGCCACCUUCCAUCCCCUACGUAGGAAGGGCCCUGCUCUCUGGAAAUUGGAAAGAGGCUCGAGGUGCAAAGCAGUCCCCUCCUGUGACCUGCAGGUCUCCGUGUUGGCCUGGAUCCGCAGAGAGGCCCAGGUAGGAGGGAGGCUAUGGUCUUGGGAUGGGGUGGAGGUCUCAUGCCCACAGUGGGGCAGGAGAAGUCCUACACCUUCCCAUCAUGGGCGCUGGGGUCAAAGGUGCCCUCACUGUUUGAACUUUCUUGCAGGUGGCUUUGGCGUAUCAUUAUGGUCCCCAGCCUGUUUCCUUGACUAUAAAUGGAGAUAAUAGGUCACUCCUCCCCUGCAGGAUUAACCUCAGCAAUUGUUGCUUACACUCAGCGAAGCCCUGGGACCAGUUCGGGCCUGAGCCCCACCCACUGGAAGAAGCUGGCCCCUGCCUGUGGGGGCCCAGACCAGUACCCCAUCAACACUGACCUUCACAGGGGCCGGUGGAUCUCUACCCUAGGGCCCUUCAUCUUCCGAGGCUACAACUCGGCACCUCCAGGUCCUUGGACCCCGGAUAAUGACAGCCACACAGGGCUACUCCGAAUGGACACUGAUCCUCGGAACCACGUGGAGAUUCAGGGGCCUGGGCUGCUGUUGCCUGCCUACUUCACGCUGCUGCUGCACUUCCACUGGGAGGGCCUGAGCAUGAUUUAGGUAUUUCUAAACUAACUAACCAAGGAAUGUGACUGUGAUCUGUGUGCCGUGGUAGCAACGGAGCACCAGCUCUGGCCAAGCCUAUCCCCUCUGCACAUUUGCCUGCCCCCACACUGGGAACAACAUGUGAUAAAACUGGUGCAGGCUCUGCCCCUGUGAGAGAGCCAGUGGUGUCAGAGAAGCAGAGGUCAUAGCUCCAGAGCAGGGAGUCCCUGUGAAACCAUCUGUGGUGAUGGACAUGCUGCCUAUCUGUGCCAGUCACUUCGGUGGCUACUGAGCACUUGACUUGUGGCUAUUACAACUGAGAAACUGAACUCGAAAUUUCAUUUAACUUUAAAUAGCCACAACUGCAGCUACUAUGGAGCAGCACAGCCUACAAUUCAACUGAGCCAUGGAUCUGGUCAUCAAUCUUAAGGUUUCAUAGCUGUCCUCUUUUUUUUUUUUAAGACGGAGUUUCGCUCUUGUUACCCAGGCUGGAGUGCAACGGUGCAAUCUCGGCUCACCGCAACCUCCGCCUCCUGGGUUCAGGCAAUUCUCCUGCCUCAGCCUUCUGAGUAGCUGGGAUUACAGGCACGUGCCACCAUGCCCAGCUAAUUUUUUUUUUUUUUUUUUCGUAUUUUUACGCCUCGGCCUCCCAAAGUGCUGGGAUUACAGGCUUGAGCCACCGUGCCCGGCCUCAUAGCCAACACAUAAACCAACUUUGUGAUUGCAGUUCUGAAACUCUAGCCUCUAAUGCUUUUUUCCCCCAAUAAAACACAAUGUUCAUGGCA